GGCCGACGGCCCCACUGUUACUUCACAUGAACAGGAAGAAGCCGACGAACCGGAUGCGUCGAAUCAACUUGUACUCCGCAACCGUCGGUUUGGAUUCAAUGCAUGCCACUCGCUUCCAGACUUCCGUCCGAGUUUUGGCCCAGUAUUUUGGGCGAAGCCGUAACUAUAUCGGGCGUUCAUCCCUUGGAUCGCUCGGAUCAACGGCUCAUCGACCUCGGCUACCUACCCCGGCUCUAAACCGCCAGUUAUCCGGCAUGGCUGCCGCGAGCGUCCCAGACUCCCACGAUCCCAUCGUGAGAGCACUUCAAGAGUACACCACUUGCGACGUCGCCGACGCGCUGGUCAAGCUCGAGGUCUACCACGGCGGCUUCCUGCCCGGCAUCACUCUGUGGUCGCCGCGGCGGCAGGACGGGCCGACCAAGAUCGUCGGCCCGGCGUACACGGUGCAGUACGCGCCGGCGCACGACGGGCGGCCCAAGUGGCCGAGCCAUUACAUUGACUCAGUCCCGCCCGGCGCCGUCGUCUUCGUCACAUGCUCCCCGCCGACGUCCAACGCGCUCUACGGAGGGCUGAUGAGCACGCGCGCCAAGGCCAGCGGCGCCGUCGGCUCCGUCAUCGAUGGCCGCUUCCGCGACGUGCAGGAGCAGAGGGAUCUGGACUACCCGGUCUUCGCCCGAGACGUAGGCACCACACCGCCCGGUCCGCUGUUCAAGGUCGUCGCCGUCAACGAGCCGGUCACGGUCGACAAUGAUGGGCAGGAUGUCGUCAUCCAUCCUGGGGAUUAUCUCGUCGGGGACGCGAACGGCGUGGUUGUGCUGCCCAAGGGACUGGCCGAGCGGGCGCUGCCGCUGAUGGCGAAGCAAGUCGAGGCCGACGCGAAGAUGGCGGCGGAGAUCCGGAAGGGCAUGACGUUCACAGAGGCCAGCAAGCGCUUCCGGUCGUGAGGUAGGUGUUGCUGCACUGACCGGUAUGAAAGAAAAGAGAUUACAGUCUUGAACGCCUUACCCGGGCCUGGAAGGAUAUAGCGCCCUGUACAGAAUACAUUGGUCUGAACUUCGAUUCGAGCCACUCGUUUACUUUCUUACUUUUCUAGCAGGGUAUCUAUUCUUUCAGGACCUCGUGAAACAGAGGUCAUAUAAGCGGCUGCGGCUUGUAUGCAAGUAACACUUCCCCCCCAAACAUGAGUUCGUGGUGUAAUUAGCACCGCAGUCGGCGGGCGAUUACGCGAGCUCUAGCGAUGAUACCAUCCAAC